GAAGGAAGUUGCGGGCCGUCGGCGCGUGCUCUGCUAGCAAUGGCGGCCCCCAAGAAACCCUUGGAAUUCCAUGCUAAGCGACCCUGGGGCCGGGAGGUGGCGGUGGAAGAUCCAGACGAAGACGACGAGGAUGAUAACGUUGAAGAUGAGAAUGGGUUCUCCCUGGAGGAAGUUUUACGACUCGGAGGCACCAAGCAAGAUUACCUUAUGCUGGCUACUUUGGAUGAGAAUGAGGAAGUGGUGGAUGGAGGCAAAAAAGGAGCAAUUGAUGACCUCCAACAAGGUGAAUUGGAAGCAUUUAUUCAUAAUCUUAGUUUGGUCAAGUACUCAAAAGCUUUCUUAAUUGAAGAUGAAUCAGCUAAAAAAGAAGAUGCCAGCAAAAAAGAAGCAAGACUAUCUAAAGUAGAUGAUAAAAAGCAAAAUGUAACAGAGAGUGAAAAGACAUCAACCAGUAAGGUGAAAAAUAAAAAUAAACCAGAAGAACAUUCUGAUGAGAACAGCACCAUACCUAAAAUAAGGAAAGAUAAACAGCAAGACAUCUUUGAAUUUUUUGAGAGACAGACAUUGUUACUCAAGCCUGGAGGCAAAUGGUACGAUCUGCAGUACAGCAGUGAAUAUUCUUUGGAACCCCAGCCUCAAGCUGUUGUGUCUAAGUACAAAACCUUGGCUCAGAAGUUGUAUGAGCAUGAAAUCAACUUAUUCAAAAAUAAGACGAAUAACCAAAAGGGAGCCUCUUCCACCUGGAUGAAGACAAUUGUGUCAACUGGGACGCUAGGUGAUAGGAUGGCAGCCAUGAUUCUCCUUAUUCAGGAUGAUGCUAUUCACACACUCCAGUUUGUAGAAACUCUCAUGAACCUUGUCAAAAAGAAGGGCAGCAAACAGCAGUGCCUCAUGGCUUUGGGUACUUUCAAAGAGUUACUAAUCACGGACCUUUUGCCAGAUAGUCGGAAGCUGCGGAUUUUCAGCCAACAUCCUUUCAGCAAACUAGAACAGUUGUCCAGUGGCAACAAGGAUUCAAGAGAUAGAAGGCUGAUAUUGUGGUAUUUUGAACACCAGCUAAAAAACAUAGUGGCUGAAUUUGUGCAGGUCUUAGAAACUUUAAGUCAUGAUUCAUUAGUAACCACCAAAAUUCGAGCCCUUGCAGUGGCUCAUGAGCUUCUUUGUAACAAACCUGAGGAAGAGAAGGCUCUUCUUGUGCAGGUGGUAAACAAACUGGGAGAUCCUCAAAACAGAAUCGCCACAAAAGCCUCCCAUCUGUUAGAGACAUUGCUUUGUAAACAUCCCAAUAUGAAAGGAGUUGUGUGUAGUGAAGUAGAAAGGCUGCUUUUUCGCUCAAAUAUCAGCUCCAAAGCACAAUAUUAUGCAAUUUGCUUUUUAAAUCAAAUGGUCCUCUCCCAUGAAGAAAGUGAAUUAGCUAACAAAUUAAUAACUCUUUAUUUUUGUUUUUUUCGGACUUGUAUCAAGAAAAAAGAUAUUGAAUCAAAAAUGCUUGGUGCCCUUUUAACAGGAGUGAAUAGGGCAUUCCCUUACUCCCAGACUGGUGAUGACAAAGUGAGGGAGCAGGUUGACACCCUGUUUAGAGUGUUGCAUAUAGUGAAUUUCAAUACCAGUGUGCAAGCCUUAAUGUUGCUGUUCCAGGUAAUGAAUUCUCAGCAGACAAUAUCAGAUCGAUAUUAUGCAGCAUUAUAUAGGAAGAUGUUGGAUCCAGGGUUGCUGAUGUGUUCUAAGCAAGCCAUGUUUCUUAACCUUGUCUACAAAUCUCUGAAAGCUGACAUAGUCUUGCGCAGGGUAAAGGCUUUUGUGAAGCGGUUACUUCAGGUUACUUGUGAACAGAUGCCACCAUUCAUAUGUGGAGCCUUGUAUCUUGUGUCUGAAAUCCUUAAAGUAAAACCAGAUUUAAGAAGUCAACUACACGAUCAUCCGGAGUCUGAUGAGGAGGAAAAUUUUAUUGACAUAAAAGAUGAUGAAGACAUGGAAAAAUUCACUGAUGCAGAUGAAGAAACAGGUACAGUGAAAAACAUUGAGACAGAAGAAACUGUAUCUGAAAGUCAUAUAGAAACCAAGAAAUCAGUGUCUGCUUCUUGGGUGCACUUUGAUAAUUUGAAAGGUGGCAAACGCUUAAAUACAUAUGAUCCUUUCAGUAGAAAUCCUUUGUUUUGUGGAGCUGAAAAUACAAGUCUUUGGGAACUCAAAAAGCUAUCUGAGCAUUUUCACCCCUCUGUAGCCCUCUUUGCAAAGACUAUCCUUCAGGGCAAUUAUAUUCAGUAUUCAGGGGAUCCACUGCAGGAUUUCACAUUAAUGAGAUUCUUGGAUCGAUUUGUAUACCGAAAUCCAAAGCCACAUAAAGGCAAAGAAAACACUCACAGUAUUGUGAUGCAGCCAAAACGAAAGCAUUUUAUGAGGGAUAUUCGUAGUUUUGCUGUGAAUAGUAAGGAGUUCCUUGCAAAAGAAGAGAGCCAAAUACCAGUGGAUGAAGUGUUUUUUUACCGGUAUUAUAAAAAAGUUGCAAUUAAAGAAAAACAAAAAUGGAGUUCAGAUGAAGGAAGUAUAGAAGAUGUGGAUGAUGAGGAGUUUGAAAAGAUGAUUGACACAUUUGAAGAUGAUAAUUGUUUUACCUCUGGAAAGGAUGACCUUGAUUUUGCUGGCAACAUAAAAAAGAAAAUGAAAAGAAGUAAGAAUGACCCUGAAGAUGAAGAUUCAGAAGGUAGUGAUGACGGCCUUGAUAACUUGGAUGUUGACGAAGUUUCUUUAGGAAGUAUGAAUGAAGAAUUUACUGAAAUUGAUGAAGAUGCAGGAACACUCAUGGAUAUAUUGGAUGAAGAAAAUGAAGACAUUCCAGAACUUGAUGAUGGAGUCAACUCCAAAGUCAGUACAAAGAGAAGCAAGAGAAAAGGUAUAAAUGAUUUUGACUUCUCUGGAUCAUUUCAGGGAUCAAGGAAAAAAAAUAAAAGAAAUCUCAAUGACUCCAAUCUGUUUGUAUCUGCUGAAGAGUUUGGCCAUCUAUUGGAUGAAAAUAUGGGAUCCAAGUUUGAUAGUAUUGGCAUGAAUGCCAUGGCUAACAAAGAUAAUGCAAGUCUCAAACAGCUUAAAUGGGAGACUGAACGUGAUGACUGGCUACACAACAGAGAUGUAAAAAGUAUGAUCAAGAAAAAGAAGAAUUUCAAAAAGAAGAGGCCAAAGGUCACUCAAAAAAUUAAAAAAAGAAAAUGAGUGUUUUCUAAAUAAAUUAUAAAUUAGAAUUCUA